UCUCCCUCACACACACACACACGCACGCACGCACACACACACACACACACACACACACACACACGCACACACACGCACACACACACACAUUCUCUCUCUCACACACACACACUGCCCAGAGCUCUUCCAACCAGAGCUGGAACCUUUCAGCCCCAGGUGAAAAGACAGAAAGCGGAGGAGGGGAGUGGAGGCCGGCCAGAGGAAGAAGAAGGAGAGGGCAGGGGGGGAUCAGUGAGAAGAAAAGAGUGAAAGACAGAACAGAGCAACCUGUUCGUGAGAUCUGGGACUCUGCUGAAGAAACCGUGGGAGCUGGGAACACAGGCUAUAGGAUGGUUCUGCUGUCCUCAGGCUCCAGGAGGGCUGCAGUGGAGCCUUGACCGUCCUUGGGGGAAGAGAGGGGGUGUAGCCACAACAGACACUGCCACGGCCACCACGCUGCCACAAUGUCCUCCUUGGUGUGCAACAUGGGGCUGGUGCUGGUAGAGUUUGAGUACGAGUACACGGGCCGCGACGGGGGCCUGGUGUCCAUCAAGCCCAACGAACGAUACAUCCUGCUGGCCAAGACCAACGACCACUGGUGGCACGUGAGGAAGAACGAGCUUGCAAGGCCCUUCUAUAUACCUGCUAAAUACGUCAAGGAGCUCCCCGCAGAGUUCCCAUCCCCGCUGGACUUUGCUGACCCACCCAGUCCUGAUUUGGUCCCGGUUCCUGAGCCGGUGCCAGUGCCAGUCCCAAAGCACUCCGUACCAGACCGGGCAGAAACGAGGGCAGGAGAUGAGGUGACUAUCCGUCUCCGCUCCCCGAAGAGACAUCAGAAGACUGAGCACCGCAUGUCCACAUUUGGCGUACCCUUAGAAUUCCACGACCCGUCUCCCAGGGCAUUGAAGAGCGGCGAGCUGAACGACUCUCUGCCGGGCCUUCACUCCACCGUUGCCCUUGAGGUCCCCUUAACAGUGCCCUCGCCUCAAGCCAACAAUAGUGCCAAACACAAGAAGCAAUUAAGCCUGAGUUCCGGUGUGCUCUUCGGCUCUUCCCUGUCGGUGGAGGAUCCUCUCUCCCUGAACCCCCGAGCCCCCAGCUUCAACCCAGCUGACCCCCUCCAACGGCCCUCCCAGGCCAUCCCAGUGGAGAGGUCCCUCAUUCCUGAUGCCGAGGUCACCGGUGGCGGGAUUCCCCAUCAGGAACCUCUGAAAGAGCCGGAAUGUCCUCUGGAGCUGGAGGAGGGAGAAAAUGAGAAAUCUAGUGUGGAGCCUGAGGACGAAUCGAAGGAGGACACUGAGCAUAUUUAUGAAUCCAUAUUGGACCUGAAGCUGGAUGAGUCCCCUAUAAUAGUGGAGAAGGCCCCGACAGUGAGUCCUGCUGCUGUGGCUGAACCUACACCUGUUAUCACUCCCACUUCUCCAUCUCCAACACAGACACAGGUGGAGAAUGCCAGCCCCAACACUGCUGUUUACGCCAACGUCACAGAGCUGAAGAAAAACAUCCCACAAUCCCCUCCGUUAGAAGCUCUGAGUCCUGACUUGCCCCUUUCCCAGGAGGAAUGGCAGGUGCACACUGACAAGGACAGCGGGAAAGAGUUCUAUUACCGCCCAGCCACGGGCCAAACCACUUGGGCCGACCCCCACAGCACCCUCCCCUCCGCAGACAUGGAGCUGCCCAAGGAGGCGUUGGCUAUCCCAGCCCUGUCCAUGGCCCUGUCCCCGGCCCUGUCCCCAGCCCUGUCCCCAGCCCUGUCCCCGGCCCUGUCCCCAGCCCUGUCCCCGGCCCUCUCACCAGCCUCAUCCCAGGGUUCCAACUGGGAACAGGUGUUUGAUGAGACCACCGGUCGAAACUACUUCUAUAACCCCACCUCUGGGGCCACGUCCUGGGGAGCUCCGGAGCCCAUCGCUCCCUCCUCUCCUGUUACUGAGCCUCCUGUGCUGAAGCUCCCAGACAGAGGACCGCCACCUCUCCCAAAGGAAGACUACCUGACAGAAGACCACGGAGCUCCAGACACCUCCUCCUCGGUGUUCCCCAAAGACAUCCCGCCCAUGCCGCAGGCUAAACUGGCCAUCAUACCCCGGGCCAUUCUAGACAGUGUCCCGGCGGGCUGGAACCGCUCCAUAGAGGCAGAUGGGAAGACCGUAUUCACCAGCGAACGCACACAGGAGCAGUGGCUCAAGUCUGUGGAUCAAGAAGGAAAGACAUACUACUACCUGAGAGACGGCUCCAGAUCCCAGUGGAACCUUCCAGCAGAGCUCCCAGGUGCAGCCAGUCUGUCCAAGGUGGGGAAUGGAGUGGACCAGGACAGCCCGCUGGUUCUGAAGAACUGGAGACACACAAUGGGCCCAGCUCAGUUUGGCCCCUCCCAAGAAGACAACAGGUUCUUUCCAACACAUAGGAGAAACGUUUCGGACGUCACCAGUGAAGCAUCCAGCUCAGGCAACUCCCCUGAGACGCCACGCCAUACUGAUAGGUUGGGAGUACGGAGUAGACUGUCACAUCUGAGCACAGACUCACAUCAUGAGCAUACACAUCUACUAGAGAAGGCAGGGAUCCUGAACAAAACCAAGGUGGCUGACAAUGGGAAAAGAAUUAGGAAGAAUUGGAGUCCGUCAUGGACAGUGCUGCAUGGAGGCAUUCUCACGUUUCACAAAGACCCAAAAUCUGCACCCUCGGGAAACUCUAACAAGACCAAUCAGAUCACCCCAGAGUACACAGUGGAGCUGCGUGGAGCCACUGUGGGCUGGGCCCCCAAGGACAAGUCCAGCAAGAAGAACGUUCUGGAGUUGAAAACGCGUCAUGGGUGUGAGUACCUGGUCCAGUACGACACAGAGAGCAUCAUUUGUGACUGGCACAGGAUCAUACUGGACACCGUAAGACAGCUGGACCAAGAUCACUUGUCGGAAGAGGAAGAGGAGGAGCCUAUGGAGAAAUCUCCACUUGCUUCAGACAGAGACAAGAGGACCAGCUCAGCCACUAAAAUUACGCCUGGCAUCAGUGCCGAGUCAUCAGAUCAGGGGCGUGUCCGCACCAAACUACGCAAGUUUCUCCAGAAGAGGCCCACACUGCAGUCAGUGAAGGAGAAGGGCUAUAUAAGAGAUAAUGUGUUUGGUUGUCAUCUGGACACGCUGUGCCAUCGAGAGAACAGCACUGUGCCCAGGUUUGCAGAGAAGUGCAUCAGGGCAGUGGAGAUUAGAGGUCUGGACAUUGAUGGGAUCUACAGAGUUAGUGGGAAUCUAGCUGUCAUUCAGAGACUACGCCACAAAGCAGAUCAUGAGGAAAAUCUGGACCUAGAGGAUGGUCAGUGGGAGGAGAUUCAUGUGAUCACGGGGGCGCUAAAGCUCUUCCUGAGGGAGCUGCCUGAACCUCUCUUCCCUUACAGCUUCUUCGACAAGUUUAUCGCUGCCAUCAAAAUCCAGGACUAUCCUCAGAAGGUGUUGUACUUCCGUGACCUGGUGAGGUCCCUUCCCCUGCCCAACCACGACACCAUGCACCUCCUUUUCAAACACCUCCUCAAAGUGAUUGAGUUUGGGGAAAAGAACCGUAUGUCAGUCCAGAGUGUGGCCAUCGUGUUUGGCCCUACGUUACUCAGGCCCCAGACUGAAUCGGCCAACAUCACCGUUUACAUGGUCUACCAGAACCAGAUUGUGGAGCUCAUCCUCAAAGAGUUUGAGACAGUAUUUGCCCCCAGCUGAGACAUUUUCUAUGGCACCCAUGAGUCAAGAGGGACGGAGACAAUGGGGGUUGCCAAGCCCUGGGAAAAGACUGAUGGUUACAUGGGUUGCUAGAUUUGGUAAAGGGAGAUUAUUUUCUGUCAGUGAACUAGCCUUUAACUGUGGUAGCUCCAAGUCUUCAACCUUCAUCCCAAGUUUCAAACUCGUGCUGUCCACCCAUCCAGUCAUCCAUCCAGUCCACCCAUCCAGUCAUCCAUCUGUUUUGGUACGUCCACCCAUCCAGUCAUCCAUCUGUUUUGGUACGUCCACCCAUCCAGUCAUCCAUCUGUUUUGGUACGUCCACCCAUCCAGUCAUCCAUCUGUUUUGGUACGUCCACCCAUCCAGUCAUCCAUCUGUUUUGGUACGUCCACCCACCCAGUCAUCCAUCUGUUUUGGUACGUCCACUCACAAGAACAUUGACAAAAAAAGGAAGUUGAGGGGAAAAAGGAAAAAUGGAUGAACAUGUUGACAUACCAAAGUUUACCAUGGAUCCUAUGACAAUACCUGGCAAUAGGCAUCAUGUUUAGUUUUACAAAUUAAAUAUAUAUUACAUGUAGGUGUACAUGUAUUUGGGGGAAUAUUCUGAUGUCGUAUCCAUGGUUUGGAGUGACAUAUCUGAGACAGAUCGGUCUUUUUAGUGGAUGACCUCUUAACUGUAUGUUAAAGUCUAUGAAAAAGCUUAAAUAUUGUAUACCUUCCCGAAUGUUACCUUAUCAACAAUACAACCAAUUAAAAUGGUUGUUGUUGCUUUCCUUUUGGCGAGCCAUACAGAUAGCAAACCACUGCCUUGACUGUGAAGUUAUUUGAUUACUUCCUAAUUUAGAAAAAGGCUGUGAAUUUAUCAAGGAAUACCACUUGCGACUAUAUUGUGGUGCAUUAUGCAUAACGUGGCUGUACGUUAUGGGCAGUAUAUAUGAAAAUAUAUUAUGAUAGAGCAUAACUGUACAUUAUGGCUGUUUUAUAGUAUUAAUAUUAGUACAGAACAAGGAUAAGAACAAUAUAUCAAGAUAUUUUGAACAACUGUUUUUCUCUGUACAUAAGAGUUCAUCCUACCUUAUAAAUGAAUGUUCUAAUAAUAAAAUAAUUCAAUUUCUGUCAA